AUGGUCUUACUUCUCUUUGACAAAUCCCUUCCCAAUAUAGAAAAAACUCCCCGCUCCCUCCACUUGCAUUCUCACGCACGCGCAAUCAUGGCGGUGCCUCCGUCGGGACCUGGAAGCAGCUCGUCGCUUGAAGCACCUCUCAUUGACGCCGACGAUGCUCAGCUGGAACUAGCCUUGCAAAAACUCGAAUCGUUCCUCGGAUUUUUCGGUUUCUGUCAGUACUCUCCUCUUAGCUCAGCCGUCUCGUGGAUCGUCUUCUUUGUUGUCGGUCUGGCGGCGCCGGUGCUCUUGAUCGUCUACUCCUUCUGCACCGACUGCUACAAGUACCAAAUCAGGAGGUUUGAGCUUGAGAUUCUCGUUUCUCAGGCCAUCGUUGCCGCCAUUUCUCUGCUCUGUGUUUCUCAUAAUUUGAGGAAAUACGGUGUCAGGAAGCUUCUCUUCGUUGAUCAUUACGAUGGAUACGCUGUUCUUUAUCGGCAACUCUACAUCCAGAAGAUCUACGGUUUUUUCCGAGGGCUUGCUUUGUGGUUAUCGGUAUGUUUUUUACUGAAGACUGCUCGUGAGAUCACUUGCGUUGUUUAUCUGCAUCAUGAUUCAUGGUGGUUAUCUGCUGCGUAUCUGUUAGUCUCCCUAGUAACCUGGUCAUACUCCGCCGUAGUCUUCUUAUCAGGCACCGCUUUGUUCAAUUUGGUUGGCAAUUUACAAGUGGUACGAAUUGAAAACUACAGCAACAUUCUAGAACGAGAUUUGGAUGUUUCUGUUUAUAUCGAAGAGCAUAUGCGUCUCCUCCAUUAUUUAUCCAAAAUUAGCCACAGGUUUCGAGCGUUUCUUCUUCUCGAGUUCUUGGUUGUUACAGGAAGUCAAAUCUCAGCUCUCUUACAGACAACUGAAAACCAAGGAAUCAUAAACUUCAUAAACACAGGCGACUUUGCUGUAUUAUCGAUUCUUCAGCUUGUAGGAAUCGUUCUUUGUUUAUCUGCAGCUGCAAAAAUUUCACACAGAGCUCAAGCACUUGGAUCUGUUGCUUGUAAAUGGCAUGCACUAGUGACAUGCGACUCAAAUGAUUCUUCUCAAUCUGAAAUAUUAAUCGAUAACAACUUGGAGGCUAAUGGUAGUUCACAGACUGAGCUGGAAUCAGGGGAUUUUGUGCCAUUUUCUGUUCAUAACCAGUUCGCUUCUUCUACUUCAUCAUAUCACAAAAGACAAUCAUUUGUGGCGUAUGUACAAUCAAACAUGGGUGGAUUUACUGUUUUUGGAUGGAUCAUUGAUCGAAUGCUGAUUAACACCAUCUUUUUCAUUGAGCUGUCGUUGAUCUUCUUUGUGCUUGGUAAGACCAUUACUAUCACACUCAGGUAGACAUGAUCUAUGUCGACUCUUCUUCAUGCAUCUUCACUCUCUAACAUGGUAUGAGCAAAGCAACAACUAACAACGGAGCAGCAGACUUAUUUUUGUUGGUGUGCUACUUGAUAAGGAUUAUAUGUAAUCAUAUAAACUGAAAAUAUAUUUUAGGUUAUAAGGUUAUAUCUAGUAAAAGCAAAGUUGUACCUUGGAUAAUGGGCAUAAUCUGUUAUG